GCCCUCGCAGACGGUCACACCUCGCUGCACUUUCUAAUCAGUUUUGUUCCAAUCAGAUUAAAUAAACCACCAAAAACAAAUUAUAGAAUCCGGGCAUUAUCUUGCCUCUUGACCAAAUGGAACUAAGCUGGGAGAUAGUGCUCUGCGUGGGCAUUGCCGUGCUGGUUCACGUUCUGGUCUACCUGUUCGUCAUGGGCAAGCGGCCGAAGAGUAUUGUUGGGCGUCAUGUGGUGGUCACGGGCGGCUCCAAGGGAAUCGGGCUCUGUCUCGCAGUGGAGUGCGCCAUGAAAGGCGCCAAUGUGACGGUGAUAGCGCGCGACGAGAAAAUGCUGAGCGGAGCUGUGGCUCUGAUGGAAGUGAUUCGCCAGAGACCGGAUCAAAAGUUCCAGUACAGGAGCCUGGACAUUGGCGGCGACUAUGAGCAGGUGGCCCAAGUGCUGGGCGAGAUCGAGGAGAAUUUCGGCCCCAUAUACACCCUAAUCAAUUGCGCCGGCAUGGCCAUUUGCGGGGUGUUCGAGGAGGUCUCGGUCCAGGAUGUGCACAAGCUAAUGAACGUGAACUUCUUCGGCACCUACAACUGCACACGGUAUGUCCUGCCCAAAAUGAAGAAGGCGGGCGAGGGCAUCAUUGUAAUCACAGCCUCACAGGCGGCGAUGUUUGGCAUCUACGGCUAUGGACCAUAUUCGGCCACAAAGUACGCCCUGAGAGCCAUGGCCGAAACGAUAGCAAUGGAGUCCAGGGAGCACGGAGUCAGCGUAACAUUGGCAAUGCCCUGCGAUACGAAUACGCCCGGAUUCGAGGAGGAGGAGAAAUCCAAGCCAAGGGAGACCAAAAUAAUUUCGGGUGGAGGAGGUCUCAUAGAGCCAGAGGUUAUGGCCAAAGCUAUACUUAAGGAUGCCUUGACGGGAAAUUUCACAUCUACGGUGGGAGCAGAAAGCUGGCUAAUCACCACUUUGGGUGGAGCUUUACUUCCUUGGGAUGGCUUCUUUACCAAUCUCCUGCAUGCCGCCGUUCUAGGACCACUGCGGCUUGUUAGCUACGGCCUGCACAAAUACUUCAACAGCGUCAUACGCAAAUGCGCUCAAGAAGAUAAGGCCAAGGCUGGAUCAGAAUAGUAAAGCAAGUAAAAGCUUUACUGUCUCAAUGCCUUUUAAGUAUUCCAAGUGCCCAGUACAUUAAAUCGCGUGUUCAUUGUAAAUUAUUCCAAAAAUGCAAAUGUUCCGCAAUUUCAUCUAUUUUUAUAUAUGUAUUUUCCAAUUGUAAUUAUUGUCUUUCUAAACUUUUUUCCUAUACAUA